AUUUCCUUAAUAUUCCUUUUGUAUGUCUCCAGAUGGUCCAGAUGUUGACUCCUUUAUGAAGUUCUCUCUUCUCUCUGCAAACAGAUUAGCUACUCCUUCUGUCUUUAGUCUCAGUUUUAGAGUAUACGAUAGUCCCCCUACUACCGUCAAUUGUACAGUGAAUGGGAGUAGAAUAUCUAUUGAUGAUCUGUCUCGUGUGGUAAUGAGUGGCUCAGCAUCUGUUACUAAUGUGAUAGUAACAUUGAAAUCAAGAGAAGCUGGUAACUAUCAGUGCACUGUAUCUAAUGAGAGAGUAUCUAAUGGGACUAUUAAUGGUAUUACUGCAAUGGCCAACACUUCAUCAUUGUACAUUAACGUAUCUGGUAUGCCUACUGGCUUAAAAACUGUGAGACUAAACAGUAGUCUAACUCAUCUAAGGCUCCUGUGGUCUCAUGUACAAGGAGCAGCUGGUUACGAAGUAUUCUGCGAGCAUUUAAACAAUAGGAGCAUCUCAAAUACGACCACUCCUUCAGUUACCAUUACAUCUGACCUCAGCCUUUCAGCUACAUACACUUUCUAUGUCAUGUCUUACAGCAACGGAGCAUCUCUGCCCAGCAAUCCCAAUGUAGCUACAGUGACACUAACUCAUCCUUCGGUCGAUGAUCUGAGGCACAAUAGCAUUACUAGUACUAACAUUGUACUAUCAUGGAGUCCUCCUACUGACGUGACACCAGCAAAUUAUACUAUUUGUCGUAGAUGUCAUAGAGUUUGUGGAUCAGUGGAGACUUUUAUGAAUUUUACUGCAUCAGUUCCUCAACAUAACUCAACCAAUAUCCUUCCUUAUAGCAAUUGUGCUUUUGAUCUUAUUGGAUUGUACGGAAGUGAAGAGUAUAUUUUGAGCCGUAAUUUUAAUGCCACUACUUCCGCAUCCAGACCUACUUCACCAGUUGGUAACAUUAUCUUCUCGUCAGUCAGAGCUGAGUCCAUGAUUGUGUCUUGGGACGAAGUUCCUUGCUCUGGUAGAAACGGGCCAAUCACUGGAUAUAGCCUGACAUAUACCAGCGUCACUUCAAACAUUAGUUUUACUGUUAAUAUCACUAGUGGAGAUAACAGAACACUCACACUCACUGGAUUAUUACCAAACACUGAUUAUACUGUGAGUAUCAGUCCUUAUAAUUAUGGCUUAUUAGGACCAACUGAGAUAGUCUCACACAGAACAGCUCAAUCAAUCCCAGGUCCCAUAUCUAAUCUGAUACCGACUGAUACUAAUAUUCAAUUCAUUAACAUUUCAUGGAAUCCACCUGCAAUCUCCAAUGGACUCAUUACAGUGUAUGAAAUUAGAUAUAGAGAUCAGGAUGAUACUACCAAACCAUAUGCUACUAUGAAUACAACUACAACUCAACACUCAAUCAGUGGAUUGUUUCCUAAUUCCACUUAUGCUAUUAGUGUGAGAGCAUACACUGCCAUUGGGCCAGGCCAAUGGAUUGAUGAUACUGUAUUAUCUACUGAUGAAAUACCUGUUGUACAUAAUUUCUCUGUCACUUAUCUCAAUUCUACAGCGGUCAGUGUUAAGUGGGUUCCCAAUGGAGCGACCUAUUACAGGGUCUUCUAUUACACUAGCAAUUGUAAAGCACAGUUUGUCACUUAUCCUGGCGAUAUCAGAGAAGCUGCAAUAGGAGGAUUCUGCAGCUGUCUUGAAAAUGAAUUCUCAAUAUCGGCAAGUUUUGAAAUAAGUGGGAAAGUAUUUGAAGGUAAAAAAAGUCCACCAGUUUUACCAGUAAAACUAAUCAGCAGUAGUUCUUCAAGUAGCACUGAACCAACAGCAACUUCUAUAACUCAAUCCACACCUGGAACAACAGCAGUUUCUGAAACUAACAGCACUUUAAUGGCUGCAGUUGGACUGUGGGUGGCAUUAAUACUGCUUCUCCUUUCUCUGAUCAUUAACGUUGUACUAAUGUUAGUGUUGAUCUUAUUGUGUAGAAGAUUAGUUGCUACUAAUCCAAGAAAAGGAGUUGCUGCCACUAUACAGUACCCUGAGAUAAGGGAAUGUCGCGAAACUGAUGAUUACAUUGAAAUGAAAGCUAGUCCAGCAUAUGAUAAAAACUUGAAAGUUGAGCCAGUUUAUGAAUCAACUGAUGAAAUAAUAUAUGAAACCACUCGUUAGACUCUCAUCAUUUAACCUAAUAAUUUCUCCAUAAUCAGUGACACCUUCCCUUUUGAACACUUUCUUACUAUUUUUGUUAUGACCUUCUCUUAUGUCACACCUGAUUGUCAUUUUGUUAAUCAAUAUUCAUAGUGAA